UUUAUCUGUCAGAAUUUGUAGCGAAUUAAUUUUGAAUCAAGAAUUUACGUUUUCUAUUGUCUUUAUUAAGAUCUAAUCAAAAUAAGGUACUAUCCAAAAUGCGUAAACGCAGGCGCCUAUUGACUACACCAAUGAAAAACAAAACCAAACUUCUAAAUAGCGGUAGGGAAGAGAAUAAGGCAAAAGAUACGGCACGAGGCAGACUUAAAGGGGCUUUGAUGGAUGCCCUAGAACCAGCAGGCGAGGAAUCUGACGCUUCAUCAGAUCACAACCCAUCUAAACGAGAGAGGAAUACCAGCCAGGACCACAGCAAGCGUGAACGCGACGCGUCAGACGACGAUGACCGCUACCACCGCCCGUCGCCGCCGCGCCAGUCGUACGUGUUAAAGCUGUUCGACCGCAGUGUGGACCUGUCGCAGUUCAGCGAGGACUCUCCGCUGUACCCCAUCUGUAGAGCUUGGAUUGCCAACCAACCUAAAGCUAACUACAAGGACUUUGGAAAAAAGCCUGAUGAGCCAUCGCCUGAAGACAACAUAGAAUUGCCUGGACCCGAGGGGCCUCGUGUCUCCAGGAUACCAGAACUCAUACCUGAGCAGAAGCAGCGUGACAAGGACAACAUCAAUCUCGAUUACUGUGAAGCGCCCCCGCCGCCGCCCUCGGCGCUGCUGGCGGCGCACGUGGCGCGCUGGGGCUGCGUGCGGCGCGCCUGGCUCGAGCAGGCGCAGCGCCACGAGGCGCGCUACGAGGCCGCGCAGCAGCUCCUCAACAGCCUCAACGUCAGUACAUUGUGAUGAAAAUAUUUGCGGGAAGGAAGAAAUCAUCCGAUUCAUUUUUAGCAGCCUUUUUUAAGAUUACUUUUAAAAUCUUUAACUUUAAGCGAGAACAUCUUUUUUAAACAAUUUGCACAUUAGUAUGAUCAUAUUGUGUAAAAUAGCUUUCUGAUUUUGUACAUUUAAAUCAUGAUUCUUGAAGAAAUAAAACAAAUGAAUAUA